AUGUCGGUCAGCAGCUGCCAAGUUUAUCUGAAGAUAGAUGUCCACAGAGAUGGAGACUUGGAGCUAGGUGGAUUCCUCCCACUUUACUACAUGGAACCAGAAUGUGAGAUGAUCCAAUUAUCUUUUAUGGUCAAGCCACGGCAUAAAGUGUCAGCAUCUUGGUGGCUGUGGAAGAACUACCAAUACGUGCUGGCCUUCCGCUUUGCUAUCCAGGAGAUCAAUAAGGACCCCCAGCUCCUCCCCAACCUGACCCUGGGUUUCCAACUCUACAAUUCUGUUACCAGUGGCCAGUUCACCCUGAGGAGCACUCUGCACUGGCUGACUGGAAAGCACCAUCUCAUCCCUAACUACACCUGCCAGACACAAGGCAAGACGGUUGCCAUAAUUGCUGGAACCACAUCAGCAUUUUCGGCUGAAAUUGGGACAAUGUUGGAGCUAUACAAAACCCCACAGAUCACAUACGGUCCUUUUGAUCCCAUGCUAAGUGAGAGAGACAAGUUUCCAUCACUCUAUCAGAUGGCCACUAGUGACAGCUCUCUGGCCUAUGGAAUGCUCUCCUUGCUGCUACAUUUUGGCUGGAUUUGGGUGGCGAUCUUUGUAUCUAAUGACAUGAAAGGAGAGCAGUUCCUCCAGGAUAUUGAAGCUGAGAUGGUAAAGAAAGGUGUCUGCUUGGCCUAUUCAGUAAAGCUCCCUGACACUAAGUCAAGGUAUGAAGAAACUGAAAUCUCUUUCCUAGAGGGGAUCCGAAUUGCAUCAGCAAAUGUGCAUAUUCUAUAUGGUGAUGUGAGGGGCCUCUAUACCGUGGAAUUUCUAAGCAAAUACUAUUUAACCCUGGGGAAGGUGUGGAUCAUGGCUACAAAGUGGGAGAUAGUUGUGAAGGAGACAGACCACGUGCUGCACUCUUUUCAUGGAGGCUUCUCAUUUUCACACCACAAGGGGGAAAUCCCUGGCCUCAACCACUUUGUCAAGACAGUGGACCCUUCCCACUACCCAGAAGAUUUCUUCCUCAGUCAACUAUGGCUUCAUGCUUUUCACUGCUUACCUCCUGGGUCACUUUGUGGAACAAUUGGAACUCCUCAGUCUUUGUGUAGCCAAAGGUGUGGUCCAGGAUUCAGGAAAAUGCCACAGGAAGGAAAACAUGUCUGCUGCUAUACUUGCGUUGUUUGUCCAGAGAGAGACAUUUCCAAUCAUACAGAUGCAGAGCAGUGCAUCCCAUGUGCAGAUCACGAGUACCCAAACAUGGAGAGAAACCGCUGCCUCCCCAAGCUGGUGACCUUCUUAGCCUUUGAGGAAUUCCUGGGGAUGGCCCUGGCCUGCAUGGCUCUGUGUUUCUCUGUCCUAACAGCUGCCGUCCUCUGGGUCUUUGUGAAGCACCGAGACACUCCCAUCGUCAAGGCCAAUAACAGGACCCUCAGCUACAUCCUGCUCAUCGCCCUCCUCCUGUGCUUCCUCUGCUCCUUACUCUUCCUUGGCCGUCCCAACACAGCCACUUGCCUCCUCCAGCAAAUAACAUUUGGUCUUGUGUUCACAGUGGCUGUUUCCGCUGUGCUGGCCAAGACCAUCACUGUGAUUCUGGCCUUCAAAGCUCUGAAACCUGGAAGAACGAUAAGGCGGUUAUUGGUAUCAGGCACUUCUAACUUCAUCAUUCCCAUCUGCUCCAUGAUCCAACUGGUUCUCUGUGGCAUCUGGUUGGGAACCUCUCCUCCCUUUAUUGAGGUAGAUAAACAUUCUGAGCACGACUACAUCAUCCUGGUGUGCAAUAAGGGCUCAGUCACUGCCUUCUACUGUGUCCUGGGCUACCUGGGUUCCUUGGCCCUGGCCAGCUUCAUUGUGGCUUUCCUAGCCAGGAAUCUGCCUGACACAUUCAAUGAAGCCAAGUUUCUGACGUUCAGCAUGCUGGUGUUCUGCAGUGUCUGGGUGACCUUCCUGCCUGUCUACCACAGCACCAAGGGGAAGGUCAUGGUGGCCGUGGAAGUCUUCUCCAUUUUGGCCUCCAGUGCCGGGCUCCUGGGCUGCAUCUUUGCCCCCAAGUGCUACGUUAUUCUCAUAAAACCUGAUAAAAAUUCUUUGAAAGCUUUAAGGAACCAAUGCAGUUGUAGGAGACCCUAA